CGAUGGGAACAAUGGGGCCAAACCGUAAAAGCAACACGCUAUCGAUGCGCCACGUCCUAAAGAGACUAAUCCGACAAAGUUGAUCGAUCGUCUUAAUGGAAUCGCGCGACGCUAUUAGAUGGUAAGAGAAGAAAAAGGGAUAUUUUCGUCUGUCAGCUUCCGUGGUAUCCAACAAAGUAUCGGAAACAGUGACUGUCGCCUGACGGUUCGUCUCUUCCAAUCCAGCAUCUCUUCGCGACUCGUGCGCGACCCCGAAGAGAGCGUAUCGAAUCGAGGAUCUUCGCAAAUUUUCGGGGAGCUUCGUUCGCCCACGGAUUCUCCCGGGCAGCCGGCACGGCUCAGUAUACUGCGUGGCAGCCUGGACCGCAGGCGCCUCCAGUCGAGGGCGCGUAGUUCGCGGUUGCGUGUCUGUGCGGACGCACACCAGUGUGCUUCCAACGAAAAGCGCCUGUACCGUGCUUUUUGGGACGCACUCACUUUUCCACCGUGCGCGUAGUUUGUCGCUCGAAAUCGACGUCUCGCCUGCGGUUCAAUUCCACGCCAAUCAAUCGAAACUCUGUAUUCGCGAGUCGUCAAAUUCCUACUGGAAGGGAUAAAGGACAUUCGAUAAACAAACGGAAUUAUCGAGAAUCCGUUUCGAAACUUGGUAUCACCUGCGACCCAGCAGCAACUGAUUGCCAGCUCGGCUCGAUUUCAUUCGCGUCUGUCGCGAUAAAGAAAAUGGAACUACCUCCGAGCCGGUUUAAAAAACACGAUUCCAGUGACCAUGGCGUUGAAACAGUUGCACGAGAUUGAUCGUCAUUGGUCGGGAAUCGAUCGACGACGACAUUCGUGAAAGUCAUGGGUACUCGUCUCUCAAUCAGGUCGACUAAACGCGGUUGGCCAGCCGUCUGAAUAUCGUCUGUAACGUUUACACGCGGAUGCUGCUGCUGGUUGCGAUUUGUGGUGCACCGACCAGUCGCGCUUGUGUGUGCCGUGUACGCGCAAGAUGUACAACGCAUAGACCGUUGCUGUGAUACGCUGUCCCGCGCGGUUCUUUGCUGUCGCUGCUUCCAAGUGGCUGGUACACGGCGUUUGUGGCCGAAAGAGUAAAGAGAUUAGCGGACAGACAGAAAGACAGGGAGAGGAACAAAGGGGAAGAUAUAGCGUGCUCGGGGAGAGGGAACGGAAGAAGAGAGAAAGAGGGAGCCUGGAGAGAGUAAUGAUCGUGACGACGGUCGUACGGACAAAUGAACACCUCGGCACAGCGUUUGGGAUAUUCCAAAGAUGUGAGGAAUGAUCACGUGGGUGAUGGUCGGGCUGCUCCUGGCUGCGGAAACUUGCGGCAGAAACGUCCUCUCCGGAAACGGAAACGGAAAGGAGGAGUCGAAGCAGAAGGACGGGCUGAAGGGAGUCACGACAGAAGAAGAAGACAUCUACCGUCUAACGUGCUACACUUGCGUCAACGUCAGCGAUAACCAGGUGAGCAAGAGCUGCGUGAGUAGCGCGGAAUGCGGACCUGCCUCGGUCGGUUGCAUCCCAGUGGACACGCAGCAGAUCUGCAUCAGCUGCUGCGAUCUGAGUUACUGCAACAUCGAGUCGCCUACCAACGCCACCAACGCCAUUUUCUCGCGCAAACGGCGCGCCAAAUCGAAGUCGAAACGCAAACGACCCGGUAGAAACGGGGUCGAGGGCAGCCGAUUCUACGGGGGCGGCGCACUCUGGCUCAUGGCCUCACUCUUCUAUGCAUAUCAUUGCUGAGGAAGCAGCACCGCGGAAGAAUCUCUAGUUAGAAGACAUCAGCCGUGCACCAGGCAGCUCGGGAAUUAUCCCCCACCGGAGUUACGAUUCGAGAAUAUAAAACGCGUUUUUUCGCAAUCCAUCUAUUUCCUAUCGAACGAAACCACACUAGUCCUACUUGUAUACUCUCAUCUCUUCUCGACUGAUAGCAUAUCCUGUCAUUGUUACACCUAAACUUUCCAUGUUUCGAACGUUUAGAAAGUCCUCGAGUCUUAAGCAAAAAUUAUUCGUAAAAGUACUCGCGACUCCGUGCUUCUCGAGUCGAAGCUUUGGGAAAAUCUGUGUUCUAUUAAUCAGCUUCCACCGUCUCGUCUCUGUUUCUCGAUGGUGUGAAGUGAAUCGCGAAUCGUGUACCAUUAUCGCGCGAGCGACUGUUUUUGCGUAAGAUAAGAUAGGGAAAUUAGAAGCCUGUUCGUCUUUCUCUUCGUUGACAGAUUCGAAGAGUACGAACUCGUCUCCCGAAGAGAGAGAGAGAGAGAGAUGUCGCCAGGAUCCUCUGGGAGAAUCCUGCGCUGUCUGAAGCAUGUAUAGCUAACGGAGGGCCGUUUUAAAGACUCUCAGUGAUGGAAAAAGGAAUUGUUCUCUUCUCGUAGUAGCGUAGUUGCCUAUGCCUUGUUAGAAAACGAAAAGAAAAAAGAAAAAAUGAAAAUACACACACACACACACGCGCACACACAAGACGAAACUAAGAUGUAAGUUCGAGUUUACGGAUUAAACUUUCUACAGAGUUCCAGUGCCAAAGCGAGCGAGGAAAAUUCAAAUACCUUCCAUACAGCUGAUUUUACAGGGGCAUUUCAUUUUCGAUCGAGAACAGUCAACGCUGAUAUGUAUUAGGGGGGCGAAGAUCCGUAUUGUUUUUCGUGUUUUAAAGGCCCUGAUUCGACACGCGGAAUUUCAUUUCGACUCCUCGAGGUGGAAAAAAGAGCGAGACGCGGGAAGACAAAUGAAACGUUUGCUGCUUGUUCUCUGCUGAUUCAUUCUGAAUUUCAGUACCUGCUGGAGCAACGAUCGAUCGUUGUCCUCAAGGCACUUGCUCACUGAAGCCGCGAAUUCCCCGUACGAUUCACGACCAUGUGUUUCGUUCGACAAAUAAAAUAACAAACCCUUUUCUAUUACUCCCUUUCUACGGUUUUUUCGUUCGCGACUCGACCAGUACUCCGUCAGACCUAAUCUACUUGGACAUCGAUCUCUCGGUCGAAUAUUUAACUAGUCCUGCGGAUCGAUCGAGUUUUUCGUUUUCUUCGAGUCGGAGAAGCGAAUGUUGAUUUACAUGGAAAGUUCUUAAUUAAUUAAGUUGCUCGCGCGCAACUUCAAAGAAAUCGCUAAUUAUGUAUCCAAGGCGAAAAGAAGUUCCUAAUUAUUCCCACGUAAUAAUAUUACUUCUAUCAUAUCAUCUUAUUUUUCCGUAAUAACACUUCCCCUGUGUUAAUAAAGCGUUAAUUAUCCUAAUUGUCAAUUUAUUUGAUAAAGCGAGAACACGAUAGUUCCCUUUAGUUAGAUAUCAGAACCAGCCAGUUUGCAGAAUUUAUGACAAAGAGAAGAAAAUCUGGCGCUAAAAGCGAGAUUAGAUUCAUUCCAAAAUCAAUUUCCACUCGACUCUUAUCGUUCGAUCGUCGAACAGAAGCAAGAACCGUUCAGUUUCCGUGGAUAUCGGGUUUCUUAAGAAAAGCUACGAAAAAAAAAAGAAAGAGAAAACAUUGGAAUAUCACGGCACGCUAGCAAAUCGUGGAGUUUGCUCUUGCCCGCAGUUUGACAAAUAGAUAUGCAAAUCAUAAAUUAUGCGAACGGGACGUACGCGGGAUUUGAAUUAUCGAUAAACUGGAAUUACGCGUACCUAAAAGCUGUUUACAUACCUACAAACUCGCCUACUACAGACUAUUUACUGCUAUUACAAUUAUUAACAAUUAUACACAUAAAUAAAUAAAUAAAUAUAUAAAUGAAUAAAUGAAUAUAUAUUAUGAUAUAGAAAUUAUACAUUGUUUCGGCAUGAAGAUGUAAGAAUACUGUUGGUAAUGAAAUAAAGAAGACUAUAAUUGUCAGACUGGCACACAACGGAA